AAUUUAUAUGGGCCGAGUGCAGGGCUUGGCCCAGAUCGUUGGACUUGUUUCCGUCGAAACUACUACCCACUAAUUCUCAAUUCUACUAUAAAGCUUUAUUCCAAAUUAAUCCAGGUCUUCACUGUACAGUGCUAAGAAGGUACUACAGUACUACUAGGAGGAACUCGAUCAGCAUGCUGGGGUCAUUCUGAUCAGCUUUUCCACUUAACCAAACUAGCUAAUUCCUUGAAUGAAAGCGUAUGUGUCAGUGCAUCCUCUAGAUCUGAUUUCAAAGCAUCGCUUACAUUAAGGUAAAAAGUUUAAAUUAAACUUUGAGAAACAGAUCUCAGUCUUUUGUUUUAACAGUCUGUAAAACGCAGUCUGAGCUAGACAGUCGAGCGAGAUUUCGGCAAUUAUUUGAAUAGGUCAUUUAUAUACAUACGAAAGGUUUCCGCAUGAUGCGCAGAUUGAUAAUAUGCCUUGCAAAAUAUAAGUAUAACAAAAGCUGGACAAAAGAACAUCGAACUUACUUCGAACUUAGUAAGUUUGAGUUUAAAGCUUUUCGUAUAAAAGGGGCUGAAUUCACGUGGAAAUAUAUACUGUUACCGCCAAGACAUUAAUACAGUAGCGAUAUCUACGAAGUAAACCUAUAAAUGCUAGAAAUCCAUUGAUAGAUCUGAUACAUAGGAGUUAUAAGCAUUCUUAUUUGCGCUUUAUAUAAAAAUAGGUCGAUUCUUAUGAAAAACAUUUAGAUAUUUUGACGCUUUCUAGCGACAGUCACCAGCUCAACGUUUCUAGUCGUGAUGCUGCUGUUAAUUGUAUUCGACAGCCCUCAAACUCUUGUUGUGAUUAUGACCUCCAUCGAGUUGCCCUUCUGCCUAACACACUUUAGCUACUCUCAAACAACAGUAGCCGGGGUCACUUCAGUGUCUUGGGUAUUAUGCCCUCCAUCCCCUACAUUGUACGCUAGUGGCAGACAGAUACAGCUGUUCUGUCAAUCUGCUAGUAGUGUCUAUCGAUGAGUAUUUUCUUGACGGUGUCGUCGUACGGCUGUUGUCGUCUAAUGAUUGCCGAUUUUGAUGAUGGCGGUUAUUACGGUGCUGAUGGCUUUGGCGCGGUGAUGCAAAGGAACGAAGGGGUCAUUGACCCUCCGUUGUGGCCCCAGUUGCUGCUGCCUUUGCCUUGUGUUGGGUGUUGUUCACUGUAGUCGCCUUUACAACUGGGUCUUCAUAUCAGCUUGACUUCUUUCUCGCCUUUUCGUUCGUAUGUCUAUGCGGCCUUUUCAUCGGACGAUCGCUGGAUAGAGUUGCAUGACGGCGGAAUUCUUCUGGCGACGGCUGGCCGGUCGCUCGGUCGGUCGAUCGUUCGCUCGCUUGGUCGAUCGAUGUGAGUUAGUCAGUCAGUCAUUCUGGCCACGCUCCACAGGCCGACGACUGACUGCCAGCCCAUGCGCUUAGAGCGAAAACGAAGGUACGUGCCAGCUACGGCGCUUUAUGAUAACGUCGUGCCGCUGACUGCACUGGAUGGCAUGCUAGUUGUAAUUUUAACUGUUCAGCGAUUCAGGGCCACACGUUCGCAUUCGAGAAAGGGAACUCGAGAAAGGAAGUUCCGGAUAUUAGAGUGAGAGAAUAAUAAGCCCAAAUAACAGGCCGAAGUAAAACGAGCAAACGGUAAGGGUGUGCGAUGCUAUACGGCGGACGCGUCAUCGGUGCCGUAAACCAAUUUAACUUUUUCGAGGCUGCACGAGAGUACAAUAAUAAAUCGUUAUUAACGUUUUUCAUAAUUUUCUCAAGCCUUCCUGUCUGUCCGCCUUUUCGGCUAAUCUGAGUGUGUGUACCGUGUUGUUACUACUAUGAAUCCGAUGGUUUCUGCCGUCGUCAACCUACGUUCUAGUGAGUUCAAUUAGAGCAAUUUGAUUCGCUAGUCAUCUCAUCUCGUGACUUUAGGAUAGUGUAGCCGGGCGGCUGGGGCUUGAACAGCUGUUUCUUUUGAGCACUUUCGCGAAGACCUUAUCGGAGCGCAGUACCGUCGGCCUGCCUGACAUGAAGGUUGUUGCUUGAUUUCGCGUAACUACCAACAAGUCAAAUACAUAAAUUCAUACAGUUGCUUGUCUGCAGUUGGUAUUGGAACGAAUAUACGUAUAGCUGUGACAAUCACAUACCCGACUAGACUGAUCCGUAUCGCUGAGAACGUGAGCGCAGGAGCGCUACAAGCGCGAUGUUGCUCAUGUACGAUGCUGUUAGAGGUCUACAACAGGCGAAUUCAACCAACAACAACGCCGCUAGUAACAGCCAAAGCAGUGCGAAUAAAAGCAACUCUAAACAGUCGCCUGGUGUUUUUGAAACCGGCGUCCAGGGCCCAGUUAAUAAAGCAGGUCAACGAUCGCAAGGGAACACCACCACAAAAGGAACACAGAACAAUGAUGGAGGACAAGGGGAUGAGGGUGGCCUGCUCCCACCCCAGUUGAACACUCGCAGGGUCUGGUCAAGCCUUCAGUGGGGUGCGUCCCUCUUGUCGCGCGUUACCGAAAAAGCUACGGAAUCGGUGAAUAAAGUUAUUACCACGCUCGAUCCACAAAUGAAACCGAUAAUUUUCUCUGGCGGAACUCUUAGUAUUGUGGUCGCGUCCGAUAAAAAUGACAAAAUAAUGCCAAUCCAAGAUGCUUUCUGGGACGUGUUCGGAAGAGCUACUGUGGAAGGCGUAAAAGCACAACCGUCAUCGAUGGCUGCUCAGCCCGUCGGAUUCACAGCAGGUCUGAAAGCUGCCGAGGACCGAGUACAUUGUUUGCGUUCUGCAGGCGACGUCGAUCCGGACGUACCCGUCGUAGCUGUUGAGGGAUUCGUUGCUGAAUUAAGCACGGAUCGCUGGAGUGAAUUAGCGUGUGUCCUAUUACAGGACCGCACCAGAGGUAUUAAUUUAGCUCUGUACACUCAGGCCACACCGCUUGAAGACGAAUGGGUAAUAAGAAUGAGAGAGGAUACACCACCGGAUUAUCCACUUAGCUGGUGUGGAUUUGCAAAAACUAUUGGUGAAGUGGCUUCGGACGCGCUACACUGCCCAAAAAAUGCAUGGCAUGAACGACACACAGGACUUCCACGAUCAGCAUUAAUCUACCAGGCCGCCCGAAGUCUUGCUUUCAUCUACCAACAACGGCUUCAGGCGAAACAGGAUGAACUGAACCAACAGCUGCAACAGCUUGCUGUAACAAUGGCACCAGAAGGAUGUGCGGCACAGGGCGUAGGUGGCGGAACCAUACAGGACAAAAUCACCGCCACUCCCACCGGUUCUAGUGCUCAGUAAUUUUGUGAUGUUGUAUAUAUAUUCGUACAUAGGGUUUAGUAAUGAACAAAAAAUUAGACUAUAUUGAAUAACAGACCUAAGAUGAUGCAAUGGUAGUUCGCGAACGCGUAAGAUACGAUAUGGGAAAAGAUGAUUAUGAUGAAGAUCAUUACGCACGAGGACAGCAGUAGGGAAAGUUAAGCAUCCACCUAGUUUUACCUGUUCUCUGACGUAGCAGUUGUAUUGUGUAAAAGAAAUGCCACAGCAGGGGAACGAUGAGAUGGUUUUCUCAGCUAUUUAUUGUGCAACAGACGGCAUGACACGUUGGCCAUGCAUUCGAGCAUCCAGAUCAUCGCGAAUUGAAUAUCCUGAAUAUUUUCUAAACGAUAUGUAUUUCUAGAAGGAGACAGCAAGAUAAAAAGAAUUCACUUAGUGAACGUCCGUUAAUGUACAGUGAGGUUUAUAUAAACGACCCACUUUAGAGUGUUAGCAUUACUCUGUUUGCACAAUCUAGGUGAUAUGAUGCCAUGAUAUACAAAGUUUUCUGAGGUUUAACAGGAAAAUUGGCUGGGGUAAUAGGUGACUAAUAUCUACCCUUUAAGCCAAGACAUAUUUAGGCGUCAAACGUAAUAUGAACGAUGGCAUUCUGUCACUGAGAAUAUGUUAAAAAUAAAGUUAAGUAUAUUGAAAUGUGUACAUCAAGAUAAUCGGGGAGACAAUCCCCUUUAACACUUUGAAGUAAAAAGUAGCCUAAUUCGUAAGCCAUGUAAGUAUAGCUUGUGGGCAUUUCUAAUCCACAAGCUGAAGCUGAUACUAUUAUAUAUAUUCAUUUGCACUUUUAUUUUUAUUAUUAUCAUCAUCAUAAUUAUUCACUACGUGUAGCCUAUAUGGUAGAUGUCUGUAAGCGUUAUGAUGACUGAUUUAUUAAUAAGUACUGCAGAAACUCGUAAUUCUUUAUUAUUGCUAUUAAUAAUAAAAACUAGAGUAUUGUAUUGGGGAAAUCCUAACUGAGAGGCAUACGGUAGAGUCAUAAGUUGGU